GUGCGCGCAGUGGCUGCGGCAGCCGCAUGGGCAGACCGGCCAGCAGCUGUGUUGUGCCGCAGCUGUUUCAUUGCAGUUUUGCUCACGCUUCGCCGCUCAGCGGUUGCAGCCGACAUGGCCGUCGAAUUGCGGCUGACAACAGCCAAGCCCGCAUCGUUCUACUUACGUGCGGCGAGGUCGUUUCUCGAAGGUGUGCCGGCCAAGGACGACAAGCCCGAGAAGCCGCCUGUGGACACAGUAACGCUCAUGGCGUUGGGAAAUGCGAUCAGUGUGGCCUCGUACAUCGGUGGCACCUUGGAGAAGGAAGGGCUUGCGACCAUCGCGGCUGUGCGGACAAAAUGGACGUCAGUUCCUGGACCUGUCAAGCACUCUCCCAACGUCACUGUUGUGCUGAAGAGGAAAGCCGCAGAGAAGGCGCUGGCCGGCGAUCUCACCGUGACGACGGAGGCGACAGAGCCCAUCGAUGGCCAGAAGCCUGGCACCUCCGGCCUGCGAAAGAAGACAAAGGUGUUUAUGGGCAAGAACUAUCUCGAGAACUUCGUCCAGAGCACCUUCAAUGCUCUGAAGUCCACAGGUGUGCCAAUUGAGGGUGGCACAAUCGUUGUCAGCGGAGAUGGUCGAUACUACAACAAGGAAGCUAUUCAGAUCAUCACGAAGAUGGCCGUUGCGAACGGGGUCAAGGCAGUUUGGAUCGGUAAGGAUGGCCUCAUGAGCACUCCGGCGGCGAGCGCUGUCAUCCGCUGCCGCGAGGGUGGCUUCGUUCCCUUCGGCGGCUUCAUUUUGUCCGCCUCCCACAACCCUGGUGGUAUCGACGAGGACUUCGGCAUCAAGUUCAACUGCGAGAACGGCGGGUCUGCACCGGAGAAGGUCACAGACAUGAUCCACACCAUUACCAAAGAUAUCAAGGAAUACAAGAUAUGCAAGGGGUUUCCCACCAUCGACAUCUCCACCUGUGGGACCUACGUGGUGGAUGGCAAGGUUCGCGUGGAUGUCUUUGACGGUACCGAAGAUCAUGUCGGCCUGCUGCAGAAGGUGUUUGACUUUGAAGCGAUCAAGAAGCUCAUCGCCCGAAAGGAUUUCAGCAUGGUGUAUGACUCCAUGAACGGUGUUCAGGGCCCAUACGCUCGGAAGGUCUUUGUGGAAGAAUUGGGUGCUGCA